AUGUAAUUGUUUUGCUUAUUUGCCUUGCUUUGCCUUUUGAACACAAUUAAUGCAUCAUGCGAACUUAUUAAUGGAAAAUGUACAAAUGAGUGUGACUUAUUGAAUAAUAAGUGUGUUUCCAAGAGCUGCCUUCCUUUUAUGAGUAAAUUGGGAGACUCUCAAACAACCCCAUUCAAAGGAACAAUUGAAUAUAUUAAUGAAACUCUUGAUUUGAAUAUAACAAUAAAAUAUACUGAUCCCUAGUUCGCAGAUGCUGCAAAUCAAGGCAUAACAGUAGGAGAAAAUGCUGCUUCAUGUUUAUCACUUAAACUCUAUAAAUAUCCUAAUAAAAACUAUGAUAUAUAAGACUUAUCCUCUUACACUAUCAAUUACAUCAACGAUGGUUCAAGCGCAAGAGCAUAUUAAUUCACUAUUCCAAGCAAAGACUUUGUAAAAGAACUCUAAUUAUCAGAUGAUGGAUCCACUUACUUUUUCAAUGGAUAUUUUAGUUUGAAUUUUAACAUUGAAGAUAAUAUACAAAGGAUUAUCCUUUUCGACUUCCUCGUUGGUGUAGAGAGAACAUCGACUGGACAAAGGAAUACUACCUUUGGAAGUUUGAGUUCAACUUCAAAUUUUACUUGCCAAUCAGAAUGUACAACAACUGUUUCAAGUUCACUUUAAUUCUGUCCUGAUUAAAUGUGUGUGUCACCAAUUGACAAACCUAAUUUAUACUUGAAUGAUCAAAUUUGGCUAAAACAUUCUUUAACUAAAUAAGGAACAGAAAACUAUUAUUUAAUCAAUCCGGAAAUUUAUUUUACAGGAGAUAAGUUAUUCAAAAAGGCAAAUAUUAAAGAACAAAUAAUAUCCUAAAAAGGAUAUGCCAUGUAUUUGAUUGAUGUCGAGAUUGCAUGGACACCUAUAACAAUAUCAGCAAAGGCUAUGAUAUCUUCAAUAGCAGGAUCAAGAAUAUUACAUGAAUAAUCUAGAUUAUUAGAACUAGCUUAGUCAUCAACUUUAGCCAUUACUUCAGAAGUAGGAUGUGUUAAAGAUAAAGAAACUAAUGAAUGCAUUAAUUGUGAUCAAUCAUAGAAUGUUAAUAAUUAUGAUCCACCUUAAUUAGAUGGAUGUCCAUUAAAUGCUAAAAUUUUGAUUAUUGGAACAUUGAUUUUAGUUGCUUUUUUCAUUUGA